AUGUCUGUUGCCAAGGCCACCGCCCAGAAGCUCAUCGAUGAGAAUGGAGUCGUUGUCUUCUCCAAGUCUUACUGCCCCUACUGCAAGUCCAGCAAGGACUUGCUGAACGAGCUCGGUGCCAAGUACACUGCUCUUGAGCUUGAUGAGGAGACCGAUGGCGCUGCCAUCCAGGCCGCUCUCCAGGAGAUCUCCGGUCAGCGCACUGUCCCCAACAUCUUCAUCAGCAAGGUGCACAUUGGCGGUAACUCCGAUCUGCAGGCCAAGAAGGCCGAGCUCCCUGCUCUGCUUGCUGCUGCCGGUGCUCUUUAA